AUGCCGGCACACAGAACACGCCUGGCUUUCGAGCCACUAUCACCUCUUCUCGAUAUACAUCGAGUUGUUGAGUCGACUCCCAAUUUCGAGUUUGCGAUGAACAUCACCUGUGACUCAAUUGAGGAAUUUCCUCUUGAGGAUUUUGAGAGGCUUGUCCUGUUCCAGGUUGUCCUGAGCGGAAGACCGUUGGUCAUCAGAGGAUUCAACCAACGUCUUGACAAGGGUAUUUUCUCCGAGAAAUGGCUCCGAGAAAACUACGCGAAGAAAGUCGAGGAAGUUCGAGAUCUGGUAAAGAAGAGGACCCAGAAUUUCAGCAUGGGUCACUACCUCGAAAGCCUGUCACUUCUCACUCGGCAGGUGACAGUCCACAACUACACAAACAAAGACGUUCAACGGCUCUACCUCAAAGACAUCGACUGUCCACCUGAGUGGCGUUCUUAUCUAGAGAACCUACUACCGCCGUCACUGUUCUACCUGAACGAAGCACCUCAAACCUUUGAAGGACCUGCGUCAGGAAAGACGAAUCUGUCUGGGAUUCCCAAGACCACGCAAGGCGGCCUCAUCGCGCCAGCGGGCGAUUUGAUGAGCAGCCUGCCCCCAACUAUGCGCGCAGAGAAUCUGAUGUGCUACAUUGGCCACGAGGGCACGUACACACCAGCACACCAAGAGAUGUGUGCCAGUCUGGGCCAUAACAUCAUGGUCGAUGCGUCGGAUGGGUCUCCUGAAUACGGCAAGCCGACAGAGCCGGGUUCUUCAAUCUGGCUGAUGACAGAGACCAAAGACCGGCGGGUUGUUUCUGAAUACUGGAUGUCUGUUCUUGGGCACGACAUUGACAUUGAAGAUUUCUUUGCUCCCUUGCAUGCAUGGGAGAUUGCACCAUUCAAGACCUGGGUGGUGGAGCAAAAGCCCGGUGACCUUAUACUUGUGCCCCCUCUUGCCGCGCAUCAGGUCUGGAACCGUGGCACCCGGACAAUGAAAGUUGCCUGGAAUCGCACGACUGUUGACACGCUCGAGCUGGCUCUGCGUGAAGCUUUGCCGCAUGCGCGAAUGGUCUGCCGUGAUGAACAAUAUAAGAACAAAGCCAUUGUCUACUACACGCUUGAACGGUAUUCCAAGUUGUUGCGGCAAGCAAAAAAGGUCAGUCAUCCGGUGGUAAGUCAACUUUGGGAUGAUUUCAAGCGACUGUUCGACAUGUACAAGAACAUUUUGUUGUCUGAAUCCUUCUCACAAAAAAAUCCAGAGAAGAAUGUCCAAUACCAUGAGUUCCAGAGCAACAUCACCUGCUCGUUUUGCCGUUGUAACAUAUUCAACCGGUUUCUCACCUGUACUGGUUGUGCAAAUAGUCUUGGCGGCGACGAGGACCCGUACGACGUAUGCAUGGAUUGCUAUGUCAUGGGUAGAAGCUGUGCCUGUGUUUCCAACCUCAAGUGGAUGGAGCAAUUUCCAUGGAAACACUUGACCGAACGCUAUGAGACAUGGCGACGGCUAAUAAUUUCUUCUGGUGAAGACUACAAUGAUUUGAAGGUUCAGUUUCCCACUUUCAUUGUCGCCCGUGGCCAGGCAGGCAAAAAAUCUGUGGCGGAGAUCUGUCAAGAGCAACUGCUGCGGCGCCCCUGGAACGACCCCCAAAAGCCCAAGCCCGUGUUAGACAAUACUAUCGAAGACGCCGACAGCGAAUCUGAUGGCAACAGUCGGUCGAAAAAGCGCCGCAAACUGCGACAGUCUCUCAUGGCAAAAUUGGAUGAAGUCCACCGCUGCCACGUUUGCCUUCAUUUUGAGGUCAACUGGAAGCUCGCGCCUUGCUCAAACUGCGACCAGCGCUACUGUUACGGCAGCUUGUUCCGUGCGUUUGAAAUUUCCCCCCAGGAGGCCAUGGAGAAGCACCACUGGCUCUGCCCGAAAUGCCGCAAGGAAUGCAGCUGCGGCGCUUGCCAGCGUGAUCCAUCAAUGAAACCAUACGAACCUAACUGCACCAUUCUGGGCCAUGACACCAGCAAGGUUGCCGACCCUCGCAGCAUUGAGACCUUGGUGGAUUUCCGGAAAUCGAAUUUGUGGUGGUUGAAAAAAUUUGGCGACGACGUUCAUGGACGCAUUCAAAAACGCCAGAAGGAAGCCGAGGAAGCUGAACUGGAACGACAGAAGACCCUGGAAGACCAGGGCUUCAGCUUCGAGUCAAGUCCGUUCGACCAGUCGGCGCAAAAUGACAAUGGGAACGAUGAAACCCCACUGGGCUUUGAUGAGAACAAUGGGGGAAUUCCCGUUGAUCCAUCAUUGAUGGUCCAGGGACCUGUUGCGAGCGCAGGCACUUGA